AUGGAUCCAUCAAAGCAUAGCAAGUAAGGCCCAAAUGUUCUCUAAUCUCCAUAGCUAAAACCAGAAACUUCAUAACAGCAAGCGAAGCAAAAGGCAAAAGCAAGUGAAAGUCCAACCCUAAACGCCUCCACCUACCCCAAAAAUGGCUAUUCUCAGUGGAAGCCGAUUCAAGGAGUUUGUCAAGAAAUACGGCAAAGUAGCACUGGGUGUCCACUUCUCAGUUUCCGCCGCUUCCAUAACCGGUCUUUACGUAGCCAUCAAGAACAACGUGGACGUCGAAUCGUUGUUCGACAAGUUCCAUCUCCCUGACUUUUCCAAAGGCCAAAACCCACCUCCAGGAUUGACGAACCCAGAUGGGUUUUUGAUCGAUGAAUCGACGGUGGAGGAGACGCGAAGAAAUCGAACGGCUGAGCUUGCUGCUUCUACUGGCGGAGCUCUUGCAUUGGCUGUGAUUUGUAACAAGGCAUUGUUUCCUGUCCGUGUUCCGAUUACUAUCGCGCUUACGCCUCCGCUUGCUAGGUUUUUAGCUCGGAGGAGGAUCGUUAAGUAGUGUAUGAUUUCCAUUUCUUUUAGUUUUAAAUCAUCUAUUUUUCUCUUUGACUGCCUUUGGAAUUAAGAAAUGGAUCGAGAGCCUACACUUUUUUGUACUUAAAAUGGAAAUAAUAAUGAUUGAGAAACUGAGAUUGGACAAA